AAUAAGGUAAACCAAAUGACUGGUGGUAUGUUUUCUGCAUUCAACACUGUUCACAUGAACAACCACAACACCCAUUAUUUUGGAAUGUCAUUAUAGCAUGGUUGUACAUUUUUAAAAUAUUAAUUAGACUAGCCUAGAGUACUGCACAUGGUGGAUGCCUGAACGACCAUAACGAGCUUUAAAGGUCCAAUGUAGUCAUAUCUCAAUAUCAAAUCAUUUCUAGGUAAAAAUUAAGUACCUUACUGUGAUUGUUUUAAUUUAAAACCAAGUGUUUCUUAGCAAGAGCAGACCAAAACUUCAUACCACCAAAAGAAGUUGACAUUUCAGGCUGUCUUUUCAAACAGCUCUUACACUAAAAGGGCAUUGUCAUAAUUUGACCGUUUUCAGAGUGCUAUUCCAAGCUCAUAGUUUGGACAUAUUUUUCAAACAAUCACGUUUUUGACUGCACUGGGCCUUUAACUCAAUGACGUUAGACUACUACAUAUAGUGUAGCCCUGCUGCCGCCAGAUGGCGCUAUUAUUGCUUACGUCGUUUGUUAGUGGCGAAUAGCGCCUACUAGUGGAUGUCCAGGCUAGCUAUAGUGCUGCAAAUAUCCUUAAACUUAUAAAUUGUCAUUAGUUGUAUUUGUCAUGUCAACGACGAUGCAGGAACUAUUUACUCAUUCCAUGAACAACAAAAUCCACCGAGUUUUUAAACAUUUUCAUACUAAACAAUCUUUGCAGAAACUGCCGAAGUCCUGCUCUGCAAUUAUUACGGUUAACAAUGAUGACUCCGUUUGCUUUACAAGACCCUCUUUGAGUACUUGUCCUAAAACGCUAGCAAACUAGCGGAGCGAUAGGAUCGGAGACAUCAAGGGAUAGUGGAAUCAUUUAAAGGUAGGUUUCCGAGUCGUCACUAGUUACCACAGCCACAAAGUUAUUUACUUUAUCACCUACAAGUGCAGUGGACUGUAAAUAUCAGCACCUCUCAUACUAUAUAAACUGCAUUAGAUUAAUUUGUUAGUUGACCCUGUACAUUUAGCUACUGAACAUGUAUUUGUGUAUGAUCUGUUCACUAGCUAGUCACCCUUAUUGGGCUCCCGAGUGGCGCAGCAGUCGAAGGCACGGCAUCUCAGUGCAAGAGGUGUCACUACAGUCCCUGUUUCGAAUCCAGGCUGUAUCAUAUCUGGCCGUGAUUGUGUGUCCCAUAGGGCGGCGCACAAUUGGGCCGGGGUAGGCCGUCAUUGGAAAUAAGAAUUUGUUCUUAACUCACUUGCCAAGUAAAACAUAUAUAUAUAUAUAGUAGAGGGUGAAAUGUAAUCUACAUGGAAAUGUGAGCAGAUUGAGAGGUCAGCCAAUCAAUCCUCCUGCCACUCUAGGCAACCAUGUUCAAACCAUUCUAGUGUACAGAUGCGUCUUUCUCUAUCCAUAUUAUAGAUCAGAAUACAAUGCAUUCUGGAGAUGUGUUCAAGCAGGAGCUACCUACCUAUUUGUGCAGCUAUGCAAGAUGCUAUUUCUAGCCACUUUCUUCCCCACAUGGGAGGGAGGAGCUGGUGUGUAUGACUUUGUUGGUGAGUUUAUGAAGGCCACGGUGGACCUAGCAGACCUUCUGGGCCUGCAUCUGGUCAUGUCCAGGAACGCAGGGAAGGGAGAGUACAAGAUCAUGGUGGCAGCGAUGGGAUGGUCCACAGCAGAGCUCGUUAUGUCAAGGUGUAUACCUCUAUGGGUGGGUGCCAGAGGCAUUGAGUUUGACUGGAAGUACAUACAGAUGAGCUUUGACUCCAACAUCAGCCUGGUGCACUAUAUCGCCAUGGCAGCAGUGGUGUGGAUGUUCACGCGGUACGACCUCCCGAAGAGCUUCCGUCUGCCUGUGACUGUACUGCUAGGGCUGUGUGUAUACAAGGCCUUCCUCAUGGAGUUGUUUGUCCAUGUGUUCCUGCUGGGGAGCUGGACAGUCCUCCUGGUGAAGGCGGUGCUCACUGGAUCCAUCUCCCUCUGUUCUCUUUUCCUCUUCGUCACACUGGUGCACAGUAACUGAGAUUGGCUGCGACCCCAAACAAAGAGGGUCUUUAAAACACACAUAAACAGGGCCUUUCAACCAGACUUCGCCUGUAAAGAUUAAUUUUGUAUCACACAGAAAGAGGGCAGGAAUGUGAGCAUUCAUGGUUUGACUUUUUUAAUGUUAUGAUACUACUUUUUUAUGUAUGAUAUAUUAUUGUGCUGAAUUAGUACGGUAGAUUGAGUAUUUAUAACAAGUGGAUGAAAGUGGAUGCCUCUUAAGCGUUGUAGUCCAGUUACUAAACUACUUUGACAUCUAAGCUGAUGGUACAAUACUGUUGUUACUCUGUGUGCUCACCUGCAUUACUGCAGACAUGAAAGAGAUGAACUUAAUCUCAUUCGACAUGAUGAAAUACAAAUGUUGGUGCACUUGUCACAUGACUGAAGCUGCAUAAUGGCGUACUUAUGUUGUCGUAAGAUUACAUAAAUCAUGGUAGCAGUGGGUUAUCCUACUCUAUGGAAAUUUAGUGAGGUGUGAGUGAAUGGCCAAUAAAUGACUUCAUAUGCUA